AAUAGCACUCAAUAAAUGUGUAAACAAUGGAUUGAAUGAGAGUUUGGUUGACAUUAAGACACCGAUUGUCUCAUUAUGUGAUCACUGGUCAACACAUCCGCAACAAUGUCACAAUUAGGAAAAGUGAAGGCAUUUUCGUUGUCUUCUUCGGCGGCGAAGAAAGUGUUGGGAAAAAAGGAUUUGGAGAAACAGAAGAAACUUCAGGACGAAGUCGAGGCCGCGAAGGCAUACCAGGACUUCGUCGAGACCUUCGAAGACACUCCCAAACAGACCAAAUUCGUGAGAGGAAAUGUCAUCAACUCUGCCAAUGGAGAGGAGUUGUCGUCGAAUUCUUCGGGAAAACUCUAUAAACCGAAUAAAUUACAUGAAUUGGAGACUAAGAAGUCGAUGGACUCGUCGGCGAAGCCCUCAGCGUAUGAGCCGUUGUUUAAAAGCGAAAAACCGGCCAAAAAGAAGUCAGAGGUGAAGAAGAAGAGCAAUUUGGAGCUCUUUAAGGAAGAGCUGAAACUGAUUCAAGAGGAACGCGAAGAAAGGCAUCGAUUGAAGUCACAGAUGAAGGAGUCGGGCGUUAAACUGCCGGCCGUUAAGACCGAAGCGGCCGAAGUCGGCGUUAAACUCGCGGACGACUACCGGAUACCAACGUUGGGCUCUUUCGAUACGGGAGACCCGAACACAACGAACAUAUAUUUGGGAAAUUUGAACCCAAAGAUGACUGAACCGCAGUUGUGUCAGUUAUUUGGCAAAUACGGACCGUUGGCUUCGGUGAAGAUAAUGUGGCCGCGCAGUGAUGAGGAGCGCUCUCGCAAUCGCAACUGCGGUUUCGUCGCAUUCAUGAACCGCAAAGACGGCGAACGCGCUCUUAAGACACUCAACGGUAAAGAGAUUAUGGAGUACGAGAUGAAGUUGGGUUGGGGUAAAGCGGUGCCCAUUCCUCCGCAUCCCAUUUACAUACCACCGGCGCUGAUGGAGCUAACAAUGCCUCCGCCGCAGAGCGGACUCCCGUUCAACGCUCAGCCCGACCCGAAUGAGACCAUUCCUCGGGAUCAGUGGAACGAUAAGGAGAACUUCGAGAAAAUGCUGCAAAACUCUAUCGUCAAAGUGGUUGUGCCCACAGAUCGCACUCUACUCUGUCUUAUCCACCGAAUGGUGGAGUUUGUGGUCAGAGAGGGACCGAUGUUUGAGGCGAUGAUUAUGAACCGCGAGAUCAGUAAUCCUACGUUUCGUUUCCUAUUCGACAAUCAGAGUCCGGCGCACGUCUACUAUCGGUGGAGACUCUUCUCAGUGCUUCAGGGCGAACAUCCGUCUAAAUGGCGAACCGAAGAGUUUCGUAUGUUUGAAAACGGCUCCGUGUGGAAACCCCCGCCACUCAACCCAUUCCUUCAGGGAAUGCCCGAAGAGUUAGUGGAGGCGUCGCCGCCGCCAUCGCCCGAACGCGUGGAGCGACAGAAGCGUAAACCCGAACGACGGGAAGCGCGUCAGGAGUCGAAGAAAGGGAUGUUAAGCGAAACACAACGCGACAAACUGGAAGACAUGCUCCGCAAUCUAACCCCACAGAAGAGUAAAAUAUGUGAAACGAUGGUCUAUUGUAUCGAUCACUCGGAAAGUGCCGAAGAGAUUGUCGACUGUAUCGCCGAAUCGUUGUCUAUCGUCGAGACGCCGCUCUACAAGAAGAUCGCACGCCUUUACCUCAUUUCAGACAUUCUGCACAACUGUUCCGUCAAAGUGACGAACGUUAGCUUUUUUCGCAAAGGCUUUCAGUCGAGACUUAAUCAGAUAUUUCAUGACAUUCACGACUGUUAUAACGACAUCGAAGGCCGACUUAAAGCCGAACACUUCAAACAACGAGUGAUGGCGUGCUUCAGGGCGUGGGAAGAACAGGCCAUCUAUUCGCCAGACUUUCUCAUUAAACUGCAGAAUAUAUUCCUGGGUUUAGUUCAACGCGAAGCUGAAGUCGAGCCCAAGAGUGAGAACGAAGACGAUGUCGACGGCGUGCCCAUCGGUGAGGCGGACAUCGAUGGCGUUCCCAUUGAUAUCGACGGCGAGCCGAUUAUAAGCGCCGACAGCGCGUCAUUGCCUAAGUUUAAGCCAUCCAAAUGGGAAACAGUGGACCCGGACGUAGUCGAGGCGCAGGCUAUGACUACAUCCAAAUGGGAGACAUUGGAACAGACGAACGAAGACAACGAAGAUAUCGAUGGCAAACCAUUUGAUCCGUCGCCGACUCAAAGCGGUGAAGAUAGUCGCGGAUCGAUGUUUUUGGAAGCGCUAAAACACGAGCUCUCGAACAAUAAUCCGUCAAAACGCGCGAAAUUGCGUGAAAUCGAAGUGAAAGUACUUCGAUAUCAGGACGAACUCGAAUCGGGCAAACGGUCGCGAAAGUCGGGACACACUGUCUCUCAAAUGGUCGAAGAAUACAGACGUAAACUCUUGAAGAGAGAGAAAGAGGACAACUCCGACGACUUGGAAGCCGAUCGUCGAAGUGGUGGACAUUCGCCGCGAAGUCGAAGACGUUCGCGAUCUCGAAGCAGAUCCCGUUCGCCACGAAAGAGCAGUAGAGAUCACGACAGAGCACGCCAUCGAUCGCGAAGCCCUACGCGUAAAAGGAGGUCUCCGUCACCGCAUAAGCGGCGCAAAUAA